AUGAAGCACUUCCUGUGUGAGCGUCUGGAAAAAGCCAGAUGUGUCGGACUCGCCGCGCCUCACGACAAAAUGAUUUUCCAGGCAAGUGUUGCCAUCCUGGUGACUGCGAUCACUUCAGUCGCAGGUAUUGAGCAGGUGAUCUACGCUCAGCUCGACGGCACCGUUGCUCUUGAGCCUCAGCACAAAAUGCAAAAAUUCAGCGUCCAGACAUGGUUCAAAGAAAACACACGAGUUGCAAGAGUUGGCCUUUUCAAUCGGCCUAAAACAUAUACAGAUGAUGGAUGGAGAUACGUAGUUUCAGAAGGUCAGCUUGUCAUCAGAGAUAUUAAAGAGAGUGAUUUUGGAAUCUUCAAAGUAAUCCAGAUUCAACAUGUUGAGAAGAAAAACACAACUGAAACAAUCAUACUCUGCAAAAUCAGUGUGUCUCUGCAGCCUUCUCUUUUGUUGCCGGGAGACAUUCUAAGUCUGGCGUGUGAUGCCAAUACUCCAGCGGGCCAUAAGGCACCAGAGAUUUAUUGGGUAAAACCUCGAGGGACGAAACUUGACAAGGAUGCAGGAGUCAGUGGAGGGAGGCUGAUGGUGAGAGUCACAAGAGAAGACCACGGUCUGUGGACUUGUGUGCUGAGGAAUAACCAGAGGGAAGAGACGGCAGCAGUCGCAGUGAGAGUUCUGGCCCUCCUGACUCCUGACUCUCAGUACACCUCCGAGUCCUCUCCUUUAACCCUUCCCUGCUCCAUCUCUCCUCAAGUCUCUUGGGCUGAACUCAAAUCCAAGGAUUUCCAGGGAGUUUACUGGCACUUCCUGCCUGCAGCCUCCUCUGGGAGUCCGCAGAGGCUCUUUUCUCUGGAGCGUUCGCUGAUCUGGAAGGAAGAAGGAGGCCGGGGACUCCACCCGGCCCAAGAACUCCAUCGUGGCUUUUAUUCUCUGAGGCGGAAGCGAGGGAGAGCGGAUGACGUAGGACUGUACGAGUGCUCCAUGGUGUUUGAGGGGGGUGUGACUCUGAGAAGAACCACGCGAGUGGAAGUGCUUCACAUUACGUCCAGUCCAGCUGCAGGCCUCUACGUCGGCCAGGUGCUGAACUUGAGCUGCAGCAUUGGUCGCCCGCUGCUCCCUGGCAUGCGGUUCGAGUGGGUCUCCCCAGGCAUGUCGUCUCUUCCGCCCCUGCCACGCCACUAUUUACCCACAUAUGUGACUGUUCCUGAGGUGGCCACGGGAGACAGCGGCAGGUGGAGCUGUGAGCUGUGGCAGAACAACACUUACAUGACGUCAGCUGAGAUGACUCUGACUGUUGAGACGCAUUUCACCAAGUGGAAGCUGGUCACCAUAUGUACCACCUCAGCUACCAUCAUCAUCAUCAUCAUCGUCAUGUGCCUCAUAUACAGACAAAAAAGGCGCAGAGGCGGCUGGAGACGAUACUGUCGCUGCAAGCACCCAAAGAUCAGACGACUGAUGACAGAGCAAGCAACAGGUUCUUGAACAUACCGGUCCGUCAUGCUGUUGGUUAGCAUUUUUUGUGAUUCUAUUCGAUUAUCUGUUUUGCCUUUAUUUUCCC